GCGGGGGGAUCGCGCGCUAAGCCAAGAAUCGGCCGCGUCAUGCCGCGCGCACAUGCAUGUUCCCGCACCGGGCCUUAACCGCUGCUAUCGAACUGCCUCUCGAAACCGCGCCGCGAACAGCUGAGCAUGUCCGCUCUUGCCAAACUUUCAUUACUCGACACGUUCGGGCGCUCCUAAAAAUGAUAUGGACGCGGUGUUUAAAAUGAUAAUCAACGCGAUAUUCUUUUGUUUAGUGAUGGGCGCGGCGCUUACGGAAGCGCCAGAUGCCGAUGCGUGUUUCCGAGUGGCCAGUGAGAACGGUGCUGUGGAGUGCAACGUUCGCGCGCUGUCGGCCGACGGCGAUGUCGUCGGUUCGAUGCACUCGGAUGGCGCGGAGCGGCUCGCGAUCCGCUGCAGCUCACUGCACGCGGAGAGCACAAUACGGGAUCAUCACUUCGGCCGCAUGCAAGGUUUGGCGGAGAUCUCCAUCAACGACUGCAAGAUCUUGCGACUACCCGGCAACGUAUUUGAGGGCUUACGAGGACUCAAAACUUUGAGGAUACGCUCCAUGAAUAACGAGUGGAGCAACAAUAAAGAGCUAGAGUUAUCCUUGGGCGCCUUUAACGGUUUGAGAGAAUUGCAUACACUAGAUCUAGCCCACAACAACAUUAGAAAAAUACCAUCGGACUUGUUUUGUGCGCUAGAAAACAUAAUUUCUCUCAAUUUGACGCAUAACAAAAUUAAGUUUGUUGACGAGUUGGGCUUUGGUCAUAAAUGCGGGUCGACGCUGCAGACGAUAGAUUUAAGCUAUAACGACAUCAUGUCGUUACCAGCUGACUCUGAAAUAUUACAUUUACGGCGUUUGACACAGCUGUUUCUACAGAACAAUAAAAUAACCGAUUUGUCAGCCGAAGUCUUUAGUGACUUGUUAUCGAUGAAAGUUCUAAAUCUCUCAGAAAAUGCCAUAAAAUAUUUGCCAGAGGGACUCUUUUAUAACACGAGAGAAAUUCGUGAAAUUUAUAUGCAAAAUAAUGAGCUGGAAACUUUACCCAAGAGAAUAUUUAAUCGGUUGGAACAAUUGCUCGUUUUAGAUCUUUCGGCGAAUAAAUUGAGGAGCGACCACAUAGAAGAUGAAACGUUCGGUGGUCUAAUAAGAUUAAUCGUGCUCGACCUGUCCCGCAAUUCGGUCGCGCGGAUCACCCGCAACAUGUUCAAAGACCUUUUCUUUUUACAGAUUCUUAAUUUGAGCAAUAACUCCAUAGGCUCUGUGGAGGACAACGCUUUUUCGCCCCUUUUUAACUUGCACACUCUAAAUUUAGGUCAAAAUAAAUUGCACACUAUUGAGGACCAUGUAUUUAACGGGUUGUUUAUAUUAAAUAAACUUAAUUUGAAUAACAAUUUAUUGUCGUACGUCAGUGAGAACGCUUUUAGAAAUUGCUCCGACUUGAAGGAGUUAGAUUUAAGUUCUAAUAAGUUGACGAAAGUCCCCGAAGCAAUUUUGCAAUUACCGUUCUUGAAAUCGUUAGACUUGGGGGAGAACUUAUUAACAGAAAUUACAAACAGUUCAUUUCAAAAUUUAUCGCAGUUGACCGGACUACGCUUAAUAGACAAUCAAAUCGGAAACCUUACAGCGGGUAUGUUUUGGAGCUUGCCUAGCUUGCAGGUGCUCAAUCUGGCAAAAAAUAAAAUACAGUCAAUACAAACGGAAACCUUUCAAACUAACACGCAAUUGGAAGCCGUUCGUUUGGACAGUAACUUCAUUUCUGAUAUAAAUGGAGUAUUUGUGUCGUUAACGAAGUUGUUAUGGCUGAAUUUAUCCGAAAACCAUUUGGUGUGGUUUGAUUAUGCUUUUAUACCGUCUAGUUUAAAAUGGUUAGAUAUUCACGCCAACUUUAUUGAAAUACUCGGAAACUACUAUAAAAUUCAAAAAGAUCUCCAUGUCAAAACUUUGGACGCAAGUCAUAAUCGUUUGGUGUCGUUAUCUCCAAUAUCUAUACCAAACAGCGUGGAGCUACUGUUUAUAAACAACAAUUUUAUUUCGAGCAUAGAAACUGACACGUUUUUAGAGAAGGGCAACUUGACUCGGGUCGAUAUGUAUGCCAACGAGAUUGCAAGCUUAGACAUAAAUAGUCUACGCAUUUCGAGAGUGCCUGAUGAGAGAGCAUUGCCAGAAUUCUACAUUAGCGGUAAUCCGUUCCGCUGCGAUUGCACAAUGAAGUGGCUCUUGCUUAUUAACUCCGUCACUUCGAGGCAGUACCCGCGCGUCAUGGAUUUAGAAAACGUUAUAUGCAAGGAGUCGUACGUUCGUGGCGUAAAAUACCUUCCAGUUAGUUCUCUACAUAUCAAAGAUUUUCUGUGUAAAUAUGACUAUCACUGCCCGGAUGACUGCCAUUGUUGCGAUUUUCAUAUCUGUGACUGCAAAAUUGUGUGCCCCAGAAACUGUUCUUGUUAUCAUGAUUCCACUAGAAGUACUAAUGUAGUCGAUUGUUCUGUAAAGCAAAUAAAAUAUGUACCACAAGACAUACCUAUGGUUGCAACGCAUGUAUAUUUGGACGGUAAUGUGUAUAGAGAUCUCAAUGAGUCUGUUUUCGAUACAAUCCGUAUGGCUCUUGUAAUUUAUUUGAACUCGAGUAACAUUAUCUACGUUCACAACAACACUUUCAGUAAACUCGAAGAACUCCGAAUACUUCAUUUAGAUAAUAACAAACUGAAACAAUUACGAGGGCCGGAAUUUUCCAAGUUAAGCAAUUUGAAAGAAUUGUAUCUCCAGAGUAAUGAAAUUGAGUAUAUUUCAAAUGAAACUUUUUCGUUUUUGGGAGCCCUUGAAGUUUUACGCUUGGACGGAAACAGGCUGGUGAAUUACGGACUGUGGCAUUUAGACAAUAACAAAAGGUUACAAACUUUGUAUAUCGGUAAUAACCGUUGGUCCUGUGAUUGUAAAUAUUUGCAAGGAUUCUUAACUUACGUAUCACAGAAUGUCGAAAAAGUUAUUGACGUCCAUAACUUGUGGUGUCUAAACGAGAACGUGAGCCCCGUGAAGAAGCCAUUGAAUUUAAAUGUGACAGUUUGCAGUGAAAUAAGCGAUGACUCGAUGAUAAGCGCGUUCUUUGUCUCCCAUAACCUCCCAUUACUGGCUUCGGUGCUGACGGGGUUCAUGCUCAUUUUAUUAAUAUUAGCCUUAGUGUUCACGUUUAGAUAUGCUUGCAGAAUGUGGUUAUAUUCCAAUUGCGGCAUUAAACUUUCUCCGUUAGCCGGUUUCGAGGACGCUGAUAAGCUUUAUGACGCUUAUAUUUGUUAUAGUCCUAAGGACGAGGAGUUUGUCGUAGAAACUUUGGCUCGAGAAUUAGAGAACGGUUAUCCAUCAUAUCACCUCUGUCUGCAUUACAGAGAUGUGCCUCAAUUUGAGGCUACAUACGCUCAGUUCCCCGACUUGGUGGUGGAAGCUACAGAAGCGUCUAGACGUAUAAUUGUCGUUCUAACAAAAAAUUUUAUCUCGACCGAAUGGUCUCAGUUAGAGUUUCGACAAGCGCUGCAGCGGGCGCUACGGAAGAAUCCACAUAAAUUAAUAUUAGUCGCCGCAGGGCUCGUCCCACGAGAUCCGGAAUUGAAGUCGUAUUUCAAAACGGGUUUGGAGAUAACAUGGAAAGAGAAACGUUUUUGGGAAAGGUUACGAUAUGCAAUGCCGUCUUCGAAGAAGCAUGGUCAUAAGUUGAAAAGGCUAAAUUAUGGUAGGAAUUCAAAUACAUAUACUGUAGAUGCUUCAGUGUUAAAUAGUACUUGCCAAACACUCUGUGGGAAAUCCGCGAAUUCCGCUGAGCGCUCGCCCUGCGACCGUCCUCUAUCUGAGCACAUCUAUUCUACCAUAGACUCAGAUUACUCAUCUAACGAUUUCCACGGUCGACAUCAGCAACCACAGUCUGUUGUACUACAUCACACUGUGCAAACAUACCUCGUCUGAUGGACCUAUAAAACGUCCCAAAGGAUCUCUUUGCAUGUGAUCUGUUAACCUGUAGAUAGCCCUAGGCCGUCAUUAAAAAUCAAGGUUAUUGUAGACGAAUUGAAUCGUCAGUAAAGUUGUUGUAAAUAGACUUUGUAAUCUAAUUGUAUAUUUAAAGUUAUGUAACUUUUGUACAAUAAUGAUACCAAAUUUUCGCAUUUCUACAGAUUUGCUUCAUCGUAUUUAUUACUUUUUAAAAUAAAAUCUUUUAAGUAUUAUUUGGAAAGACUGUAAAUUAUGUGUUAGCUGUAAGUGGAAUUCAAUUGGCUGAUGUU